AUGACGCACUGGGAGGAACGUUUCGGCAGGCUAACACAAGGCAUGAGGCCUAUGGGAGAAUACCACAGGGAGUUCAUGCUUCUCAGGGAUGCGGUCAAAUGUACCCUUGACCUCGAUAUGCUUGCCCGGAAGUUUUGGGAUGGUGUGAGGGCAGAAAUCCGAGAAGCCUUGGACAUACGCCUCUAUCCUACUAUUCAUAGGCUAGCCUCUGACGCAGCUCUACUCGAGAAUACUGAGGACGUCUACGAGCCAGCAAGAGGGGAGGAGAUGCCAACAGGGCGAAGGAUAACCCGUAGCGCCAACAUUGACAUCCCUAUACCACCUGUGCAAUGGAUGGAGGCUUUCAACGACGUGAAUUAUAUACGCAUGCGAAGGGAAUGGCUAGAUGCGUAUCGGAGACAAGCCGACUUAAUCAUCAAGCAAGAACCAAGGGAAGUAGAGGACGAAGGAGGAAAUGGCUGGUUGGUAGAGUCGCAGGAUGAAUCGGACGAGUGGAGCAGGGAGAAGGGAGAAUAG